AUGGCGGCGCUGCCCGUGGGGAUGCAGCUCGUGAGCGCGCUGGACGACGCCGAGCUCCAGGCGCUCUCGCCCGUGGGCUCGCAGGAGAACGACGCGUCGUCCGCCGCCUCCGAGCACGUGCGGCGCGCGCUGCUGCUGCCGCUGGAGGGCGACGACGUCGACGUGGGCGACAUGGACAUGGACAUCGACGUGGACGUCUUCCGGCCCAGCGCCAUGCUGUCCGACGUCUUUGGCGGCGGCGACUCGACGGAUUUUCUCUUCGCCUCGAGCUUCCAACCGGAGCUGGGGGAGGCGGGCGCCGACAUUGAGCAGAUGCUGCUGUGUGGCGGCACGGACGACGCUGGGCUGCAGUCGCACCACCAGCAUGAGACGGCACCUGGACAGGGAUGUCAGUGCCGGAACUUCGCUAUCCAAGCGAACCGGGUACAGACUCAGCAGCAGCGGGUGGCUGCGGCCGUGGUGGCCAAGGACCACAAGAGGGUGUUGCGGCAUACGUUCGGGUCCGGCAAGAAGCUGCAGGACUUUGGAUUUGGAGAGGGAGCAGUGAUGGACCAGACCCAGCAACAGGAUAUCGAGAUGGGGGAUGGAAGAUCGACACCAGCUCCAGCUUUGCAGAUGAAACAGGAGGUUCUAGCUGCCGAGCAUGCAGCGGCAGUGGCGGCGAUGGCGCAGAUGGUCCCGGAGCCAAUUGUGACCGUAAAGCAGGAGGUGCCGUCGACGCCCGAGCGCGUGCUGUACAAGUCACGAUCUUUGGAUGAUGAGCAGAUGUUUAGCAGUCCACUGCAUCGAAGUAUGUCGUUGUCAGCAGUGUCGAGUCCGUUGAGCACGACGAGUUUCGUUUCGCUGGAGAGUAUGAUGGCUACACCGUUGUCGACAACAUCGCGAGCUUCAGGGCACCCCGAGAUGCCAGUGAUGAUGCGAUCGUUGUCCCCAGCUGAUGAGUUGGAGAAGAUGACAGCUAGUGGCUCGAAGACUUCGAUGCCGAAGAUGAACAUGCUCCGGGGAAACUUUCAGGUCUCGCCAGGACACGACUCCGUACCGCUCGUCAAGCCCACUGCGGUGCUACCACCGCCGUAUUUCCGAGGGGCACUCGAUUCCCCUGAGAAGCGCCGCGCACAUUCCAAGACGUUCAACUCGUUUGCACAGUCGCUGUCAUUUUCAUUUUCAAACGAGUCUUCGACGGACAGUGUGCUGGGGAUUUGGUGCUCUUCGGCCAUGACCUCCGGCCCACAUGAGUGUACUCGUGUUGUGGGAAGCGCUGCGAUUUUCCUACGGCCGCUGCGCUACAUCGAUGCAGCCUUGGCAGCAAGCGAAGCUGCGGCCGCCGAGGAGGCACGACGUCGAAAGCAAGUUGAAGCGGAGCUCGCGGAAGCGAAGUCUGCAGCUGAGGCAAAAGACCGUGAGCGAUUAGAGACUCAACUCCAAGCACAGCAAGAUGCAAAACGCGCGCAAGAACUUGAAGUGGCUCGAAGUGAACAGGCCCACGCACGAACCUUGUUGGAACACGAACUAGCAACGCGUGAUCAACAAAAUCAGGAGCUGAAGCAAGUGCGCAAGCAGUUGGAGGACCAGCUACAAGCUACAAAUGAGAACGCCCAGCGCUUUCAGGUCAACAUCACCUCCACCGACCAGGCUCUCGAAGUGAGUAUAAUUGAGUUGUUGUUCGUUGCUGCGGUGGACUUUUAUCUAAUCUACUCUUCGAUCGAUUUUGUGGUUCGAUAG